AGUCUUGCACAGGUGGACCGGCUCCUCCCCUUCAGUCUUGCAAAGCUGCACCGGCUCCUCCCCUUCAGUCUUGCCCAGGUGGACCGGCUCCUCCCCUUCAGUCUUGUACAGGUGUAUCGGCUCCUCCCCUCUAGUCUUGCCCAGGUGUACCGGCUCCUCCCCUUCAGUCUUGCCCAGGUGUACCGGCUCCUCCCCUUCAGUCUUGUACAGGUGUACCGGCUCCUCCCCUUCAGUCUUGCACAGGUGUAUCGGCUCCUCCCCUCUAGUCUUGCCCAGGUGUACCGGCUCCUCCCCUUCAGUCUUGCCCAGGUGUACUGGCUCCUCCCCUUCAGUCUUGUACAGGUGUACCGGCUCCUCCCCUUCAGUCUUGCACAGGUGUACCGGCUCCUCCCCUUCAGUCUUGCACAGGUGUACCGGCUCCUCCCCUUCAGUCUUGCACAGGUGUACCGGCUCCUCCCCUUCAGUCUUGCACAGGUGUACCGGCUCCUCCCCUUCAGUCUUGCACAGGUGUACCGGCUCCUCCCCUUCAAUCUUGUACAGGUGUACCGGCUCCUCCCCUUCAGUCUUGCACAGAUGUACCGGCUCCUCCCCUUCAGUCUUGCACAGGUGUACCGGCUCCUCCCCUUCAGUCUUGCACAGGUGUACCGGCUCCUCCCCUUCAGUCUUGCACAGGUGUACCGGCUCCUCCCCUUCAGUCUU